CAAACCACAUGAGCUAUGAGUAAACGCUGACCUUAUAGGCCAUGGUAGAGAGGAAAACCAGGCGCUGUGAGGGCGAGCUUCGCAGGGAGACAAGCACCACGCAAGGCCGAGUUUGCAGCUCCGCGCCUGCGCCUCACGGCCGCUCGGAGGCGCGGUCACGUAGGACUCCGAGCUCUCUGGGGCGAAAGACGCUCUCUCUUUUCCGGGUCGGGUGUUGAAGAGAAUCACUUCCUGUGACGCGGCUACGUCACUUCCUUUCAAGAAGGGCUUUUGGUCGGUGGGAACCCACGCGUUUUCAGCAUGCGUAUUGAGAAGUGUUAUUUCUGUUCGGGGCCUAUUUACCCCGGCCACGGCAUGAUGUUUGUCCGCAACGAUUGCAAGGUAUUCAGAUUCUGUAAAUCCAAAUGUCAUAAAAACUUUAAAAAGAAGCGCAAUCCUCGCAAGGUCAGGUGGACUAAAGCAUUCCGUAAAGCAGCUGGUAAAGAGCUUACAGUGGAUAAUUCAUUUGAAUUUGAAAAACGUAGAAAUGAACCUGUCAAAUACCAGCGAGAGUUAUGGAAUAAAACUAUUGAUGCAAUGAAGAGAGUUGAAGAGAUCAAACAGAAGCGCCAAGCUAAAUUUAUAAUGAAUAGAUUAAAGAAAAAUAAAGAAUUACAGAAAGUUCAGGACAUCAAAGAAGUCAAGCAAAACAUUCAUCUUAUCCGGGCCCCUCUUGCAGGCAAAGGAAAGCAGCUGGAAGAAAAAAUGGUGCAGAAAUUACAAGAGGAUGUGGACAUGGAAGAUAUUUCUUAAAAAAAAAUCUCACUCCAUUUCUAUAAGUGCGUUUGAAAAUCUCCUUAGGAGCCUAAGAACUUAUAAAUUAUCAAUUUAUAUUUUAAAUAAGGUCACUCAAAUGAAAGGUAAUUAAAAGUACAUCUCUUGUACAUUGCUGUCUGUAGAACAUCAGAUAUUGUGGAUGUUAGAUUGCAUCUUCAUUGUUAAACCUUCACUGAUAGUUACAUUUAUGUAAGUCAUGCAAAUUUUUUUUAUAAAUACAGAGUGAAAUGUGGACAUAAAAUGGUUCUGCCAUUUGGAUGGUGGCAGUAGGUGGUACUUAUGUAAGAACUAAUGACAAAAUUCAUGGCUAGCAAUAUGUAAAAUAAAUUUUCUUUGCAGUAAAAUAUUCCUUUUAUUAAUAUUAUAGAAAGGGGGCUUAGAAAAAGGAACUAAAAACUUUGAUAGUCUCAUCAAAAUAAGAUUUUCAGUAUUUGUUUUGGUUUCUUAGCAUCUUAGGUUUCAAUAUGUGAGGCCAUUAUGCCAAUUAUGUUGGACUGUUUUGACCUGGUUUAAUUGUUUUGAUAGGUAGCUCUUAAUGUUGGGGGUGAGAGCUGAACAGUGUGUCCUGAAAUGGCACUGUAUACUUUCCACUUUGGACAUUAUUCAAUCUGAGAUUCCUGAUAGAACCAGAUUUUUUCCAGCAUGGUAAUGAUGUAGAAGCAAAGGAAUCGCAAUGCCUUUUAAGAUAUGUUGUAUGAUUUUUUUUUUUUUUUUUAAAGAGCUCUAAUUGUUUUUAGGAAACAACUUACAGUUUUUGGUCACAAAUUAUUUGCACAUAAGACCAUUUCUAAAGUACAAAUUUUUUGUUUAAAAGGUACUUAAAAAAGUAUUAGUGGGAAGAAAAUAAUUCCUUCCCUCCCAAAUACUAUUGAAGCAAGAGAUAUAUUUAAUUAAAAAUAUAUACUGCAUAUUUAAUGUUUUUAUAUUUCUACAUUAUUUGCAACUUUAAGGAUAUUAAGUUAGUUUUUAUAUUGCUUUUUGAGGACAGAACUUUUUAAUUUUGGUAUUAGUGAAAAAGUGACUGAUCACUGGACCAAGUGUUAGAAGAUCCGAAUUCCAGUGUGGUUUUUGCCUUUGUGUUCUUAUUUGUAAACAACAUUAUUGAUAAAACAAUUAGGGGAAAUGAUAUGAAAUCAAAGACAUAUGUUAAAUUACUUGAAGUUUUCACUCUAAAGUAGGUUUCUGUUUGCUUUAAUAUAAACAUUUUAAGAUUACUUACCAUUAGUAAAUUUCCUAUCCUGUUAGCAAGCUAUUGCCUGAGACUAUCAAUUUGGGAAAUUGAGCUGAAAGGAAGAACUGACAUUGCAUCUCAGUUUUAACAUCCAGACAGUUCUCUUAAUUGUCAGGAAUUCAUAGUAUUUUGAGACCCCAGAUAUCAUUAUAAACUAUAUGGAUGCAGAUGCCAUUUUUACCCCCCUGCAACCUCAUAAGCUUGGUUGGAUCACUGACUUGUCCCUUUAAAAUGGUGCCUGAGAAGUGGCAUGGUACAGUGCUAUUAUUUCUAUUUGUCUGAUUGAGACCUCUGCUGGGCAGUUAGUAUAACACAAAAGCAUAAAAUAUUCCAGACACUUGCUACAGAGAACUUUUAUAUUCUCUAAAUGCUUAAGGGUAAUGUAGCAUUGGAAGUCAUAGAAAAGAAUUUCCUUUAACAUCUGUCUUACAAAACCCUGUAGGGUAGCAGAAAAAAAAACUAAUUGAGGAGCAUAUGGCUGGUUCAGUCAGGAGAGCAUGCAACUUAUGAUGUCAGGAUAUAGAGUUUACUUAAAGAAAACUCAGAUCAUUUCUUAUAAUUAGAAAACCUUGAAAGAUGUUUAUCUUAUAGAUAGCAGUUAGAUAAGGAUUCUCCUUUUAUAGAUUGAAAAAUUUUUAGGUGACUUGCCUUUUUAUCACACAGAAGAUGGAGGAUGUAGUGGUUUAUAUUCAUGCAAGUGCCUGUGUGUAGAAGGAAUUUAUCCAGAGCCUCAGAUCUGGUCCUCACAAGUUCCUGUGAUUGCUGUGAGAGAGGAUUGUAAAAGUUACUUGAGUGAUGGUCAACUUGACUAUGCCUUGGUUUCUUCAUUGGGAAAAUGGAAAUGAUACAUGACUAAGCUCAGGAUUUUUUAUGAGGAACCAAUCAGGUAAUAUAUCUAAAGUAAUCAUUCAAGGCCACUAUCGUUGGAGCUAGUGUUAAAAUGUUAACUAAUAGGAUUGGCUGUGUGACCACAUAAACCUCAUAGUAAUGCACUUUGUCUUGGGAGAAAGGUUGAGGGUAUUAGGAUUUGGGAAUAGCUAUGGCUAAAUUGAGUGCAGUGCACUUAGUCCACAAAGACAGGGUUACAUAGGGUUUAAAAUGUUAGUUUUUAGCAUUUAAUGUCACCUAGAAAAUUUACUUAUUAUGAGCAUACUAUUUCCCAUUCUCUGUUAGGAAGACGGAGAGGGGCAAUAUAUUUCCUACUGGUCAGCUAGUAGUUUAAAACAGUGAAUUGUCACCCAUGAUUUUAAGGGCUAAUUUAUAUAUGGGUUUUUUUCCCUUGUCCUUUAGAUUACAUUUUAAGUGAAGUUUGAAAAGAACACAUCAGACUUUAAUCACACAGAUUUAUAGUGUAAAUUCUAAUAUUGAAUGAAGACUGCCUUGUAAAAAUUAACAUAGUAGCCUGCUGAAUUAAAAUUGUUGAUAAGGGGAAAGUUGAUAUUAAAAUAGAUAGAACCCAGUUUCAAAGUCUGUAGGAAGAAUUUUCUAAAAUCACUAUUUUUAUUCUAUGUGAUAGAAUUGAAAAGGUGACUUAAAAUUUUGCCCUGCGUGUCUUUAUAUUGAGUAUUAAUUAGCCUCAGGCUGAUUUGAAUCAUUUCUGUGUCUGUUGAUGAAUUUGUUUUGAAAGAAGUGACCUUUUUCUUAAAAAUGUAUUAUGUUCUGAAUGUAAAAAUCUCUACUUUCUGGUGCCACUAGGUGAGUCCUGCUCCAAAAUUUUCCCUGGCUUAUAUAUCUUAAUUGAAGCUAUCAUACAGGGAUUGAAAGUGAUAUUUCUGCUGCAUAACCUUCCCUUUGGGACCAGUUACUGGAUCUCAUUCUCUAACCUCUCAUUGAUUCUGUGGCUUCCCUAUGAUCUUGCCAGUAGGUUUCUUUUUUUAAUGUUAGUAAUAAAAAAAAUCUUAACAGACCUCUCCAUAUCAUUCAGCAAACCCAGGCAGCCCACUACUAUCAUAAUCUCCAAAGGUGCAGGGAUGGUUUCUAUCUUAUCCCAGGCACAUAUUGGGUACCUGGUGAAUAGAAGAUAUUUGGUAAGUGUGACUGAAUGGAAAACGUGAGGUUUACUGGAGUUUAUUUUUUAAAUAACCAAUAACUUGAAAGAUACAAAGAAUAAGUUACGAAUAGUGAACUACAAUACGAAAAGAAGCAUUCUAUGACUUCAGCAUUAAUCAAAUCUGCACCGUAGGGAACAUUUGCUGAACAGCAGGGUUUUCUUAGGUUGCAUACCAAAUUUUGCUUAUGCCUACUUGUUUAGUGGUGAUAGAUCAACCUGCAUUUCUGGGUUUGGCUGAUGCAUUCACUUGUCAAGAAAUCCCAGGAGGGACUGAGCAUAGACUGUGUGGCAGAGUUCUUAAAGAGGUUUUGCCUGUAACUUGCUUUGCUGGUGAAGAAAUAGUUUACUUCAGGAGCCACAGAGCAUACAAAUAAAAAUAAGGACAAUGAAUUGGUAAGAAUCAGUUAAUACUUAAAGAGUAUUGCUCCAAAGAAUAUUAGCCAACCAAAAAAUACAAGAGAUAGGCUCUUUAGUUUUCUGAGGAACUCAGUUUUCAAUUCUUUUAAAUACUUGCUUUAGUAUAUUACAAUAAAGUGAUAUAUGUUUAGUUUGGUGCCAAGCAUUCAACGCUUAGGAACACCAAGAAAAGUAUGCCUAUCUAGUGUGUGGUACUUAACACAACUUUCUAAUGUACAUCUAAUGAGACUGUUACAUAUUUCCUCCUUCUCUCUCUCUCUCUUUUAAGAUGUUUUCUGUAGAGAGUGUGCACAAGUUGGGGGUGGUGAAAAGGGAUAGAGAAUCCCCAAGCUGACUCCCUGUUGAGUACCAGAGAUCAUGACCUGAGCCAAAAUCAAGAGUUGGACAUUUAACUGAUUGAGCCACCCAGGUGCCCUCAUGAUACAAGGAAUGCAAUGUAGGGAGUAUUAAAGAUAGCCCACCUAAUUAAAAGGAUUUGCCAAGCAAAAUAAUAAUACAACAUAUUCAACGUUUUGUUAAACUAUAGGUGUCUACAUUGCAUUGUUCAGAGUUUCUCUUCAGUGCCCUCAGAUUCUUCAUACUAGCAAAACAACAGAGCUAAAAGCUUUUGACUUAGUAGUAAUAUAUUUCCCCUAUUUCUUAGAAGAUACACUAGAAAAACUACCAGAAAAUACAUUAGAAGACUAUACAGUGGAAAUGAAAAUUAUGUAGGGGAAAACAUCGCAAAGGAGAAAAUAUCAGGACACCUGGGUGGCUCAGGGGUUGAGCGUCUGUCUGCCUGUGGCUCAGGGCAUGAUCCUGGAGACCCAGGAUCGAGUCCCACAUUGGGCUCCCUGCGAGGAGCCUGCUUCUCCCUCUGCCUGCAUUUCUGCCUCUUCUCUCUCUGUGUCUCUCAUGAAUAAAUAAAUAAAAUGUUAAAAAAAAAAUAUGUAGGUCAAAACCUCUCAGUACCAUUGCUGACACAUUUGCAUACGUGUAGUACCAUCUAGUUCAAGAGUUGUAAGACUAAGGCCAGUUACUACAGCCAGGUACAUUGCAUAGAAUAUCUUAGAAUAUUCACAACCCUUUAAUCUUUCUUCAUUCUGCAGAUGAGGAACAGGAGCUUAAGAGAAAUUGAGUAGCUUGAUCCAUGUCACUAACAAUGAGCAGAGUUUAGAAUUAAGCUUUGUCUGACUCCAUCCUAGCUGAUUUUUUUUUUAAAGGUUUUUAUUUAUUCAUGAGAGAGAGAGAGAGAGAGGCAGAGACACAGGCAGAGAGAGAAGCAGACUCCAUGCAGGGAACCCAAUGUGGGACUCGAUCCCAGGACUCCAGGAUCACACCCUGGGCCAAAGGUAGGCACCAAAACACUGAGCCACCCAGGGAUUUCCCUCUAGCUGAUAUUCUAAACAGCAUCUAGUAUUAUACCCGGCACACAGGUGGUUGCUCAAUAUAUGUUUAUUCAUUCAAGGAAAAAAAAAUCUAGCACCAAAAGGUGUUCUGGAAAAUUGGAUAGAUUUUUAUGGAGUAAUUUGAUUAUUUUUUAUUUUUUUAUUUUUUUAUUUUGUGACUGGACUGGAUCUUUUUUCUUACCAGUUCUUCCAGGACUGACAGGUGAUCAUCUCUCCCAGUUUGAGUGUAAUUAAGACAGCAAGUCUAAUGAAAUGUUUUUGAAAUUCACAGUCUUUUAAAAAAUUAGCAUAGCAAUGCCAAUAAUUACGGUUUAUAAUUUUGGAAGAAAUAUUCAUUGGGCCUGAAAUAUAUGUUAGUCCUGUUAUCCAGAGAAAAAUUUAAAAUUUUAUCAAUGCUUGCUUUUAUUUAUUGGGGCAAUAAAUUUCAAUUAUUUAUUCAA